AUGGAGGGCUUAUUUUUCAAUGUGAACGGCGGGUACGUCGAGGGCAUCGUUCGAGGAUAUCGGAACAGCCUGCUGAACGGCCAGAACUACUCUAACUUGAUUCAAUGCGAGACGAUCGAUGAUGUGAAGCUCCAGCUGGCCCCCGCAUAUGGAGAUUUCCUUGCCUCGCUCCCCCCAAACCCCUCCACCUCCGCUCUCGCGGGCCGGAUGACCGACAAGCUGGUCUCUGAAUUCCGGUACUUGAUCGCGCAAGCAACUGGCUCAACUGCCAAGUUCCUUGAAUAUUUGACCUAUGGAUACAUGAUUGAUAACAUCGCUCUUCUCAUCACCGGCACCCUGCACGAGCGAGACACCCGGGAACUGCUGGAGCGGUGUCAUCCACUGGGCUGGUUCGAGACGCUGCCCGUGCUAUGUGUUGCAACCAACAUCGAGGAGCUCUACAACUCAGUCCUGAUCGAGACUCCACUAGCCCCAUACUUCAAGGGCAGCCUGAGCCACCAGGACCUGGACGAGCUGAACAUCGAGAUUGUCCGUAACACCCUUUACAAAAACUACCUGGAGGACUUCCAUAAUUUCGUCAACACCCAUCCCAAUUUCAGUGGCACACCAACCCAGGAAAUCAUGGCGGAGAUCCUGCAAUUCGAGGCGGACCGCCGAUCUAUCAAUAUUACCCUCAAUUCUUUCGGCACUGAGCUCUCCAAGCUCGAGCGCCGGAAGCUCUACCCGGAGUUUGGCAAGCUCUAUCCCGAAGGCAGUCUGAUGCUUUCUCGCGCAGAAGAUGUCGAGGGCGUUGCCCUGGCUGUUAGUGCCGUGGGCGAUUACAAGACUUUCUUCGAUGCCGUGGGCCUAAGCCAGGGCGGUGGCGGUGGUCUGAGCGGAGGCCCGGCCGAUGGGAAGAGUCUCGAGGAUCUCUUCUACCAGAAGGAAAUGGAGAUGUCGAAGCUCGUCUUCACUCAGCAAUUCACUCCGGCAGUGGUAUACGCGUGGAUGAGGCUAAAGGAGCAGGAAAUUCGGAACGUCAGCUGGAUCUCGGAGUGUAUUGCCCAGAACCAGAAAGAGAGAAUAGGCAACUUCAUCUCGGUGUUCUAG